UGUCAUUUUGGUGAUUGGGAGCUGCAGAAAGGCGAAUGGAGAAGAAGGUGGCUGUGGUUUGUGGCCUGGCGGGCUUUCUUGGUCUUCUUUCGGCUGCACUUGCCUUUGCUGCGGAGGCUACGAGGAUUAGGGCUUCGGAUGUGAAAACAAAGAAUCCCGAUCAAUGUAUUUAUCCAAAGAGCCCAGCUGUAUAUCUCGGACUAUUUUCAGCACUUGCCAUUGCAAUGGCUCUAGUUGUCAUCAAUUUUGUUACUGGGUGCGUUUUCUGCAAGAGAAAUUCAAAUCACCACAACACUGACCGGACUGUAGCAUUGAUAUCAUUCGUUGUUUCUUGGGUUACUUUUGUAAUUGCAUUCCUUCUGCUAUUGACUGGUUCUGCACUGAAUGAUCAGAAAGGUAUGGAGAAGAUGUACUUAGGCAAUUACUGCUAUGUUUUGAAGCCUGGGGUCUUCUCUGGAGGUGCAUUUUUAUCACUUGCAAGUGUCUCCUUAGGAAUUAUCUACUAUUUGGCCCUCCAAAAACCUAAGAGUUUGCCACCUUGGAAUCCUCCACACAACCAGGGGAUUGCCUUAGGAAUGCCCCAAAUCCCUCCUCUGAACGAAAAUCCGGUCUUUGUGCACGAAGAUACCUACUAUAGGCAACAAGUUUUGUAAAACAAAAAAAGAAAAAUUAGGAUUUGCAGAAGACCACAGCAGUUUUCUUUAGCAAUCUUUCUGUAAAAUUGAAACUAUAUAUAGAUUUGCAGAAGACCACAACAUUUUUCUUUAGCAAUGUUUCUGUAAAAUUGAAAAUGAUGCUAUUGGGACAUAUAUUUUAUGUGAUUUUUUUGU